CGUAGACCCACUGUUCACGGAGCACACUUUUUGUGUUCCCACGCGUGAUCGCACCUGACCAAAGAACGUCUAAACGGCCUCGUUUAGCAACAAGUCCUCGGAUUAACAACCAACAAAAGGAGCCAUGUCUGGAGACAUUGAGAAGGGAAAGAAGGUGUUUGUGUUAAAGUGUGCCCAAUGCCACACUGUGGAGCAAAAUGGAAAACACAAGGUCGGACCAAACCUUUGGGGCCUUUUUGGACGUCAAACCGGCCAAGCUCCAGGCUUCAGCUACACUGAGGCCAACAAAAGCAAAGGAAUCAUCUGGGAUGAAGACACCCUCCUCGUUUAUUUGGAGAACCCAAAGAAAUACAUUCCAGGAACAAAGAUGGUCUUCGCUGGCAUUAAGAAGAAGUCUGAACGAGCUGACCUCAUAGCAUAUCUCAAGUCUGCAACUUCAUAAAGAUGCCUUCAACUCUGAAACUGUGCCUGUUUUAAAAAUUAGUUUUUCAACUUAUGAACAGCUCACCACAUCAAUAUGUUCGUUUCCCCCCCUGCCAAAAGGCUAGAAUCCUGUUCUAAUUCUUUCUCUUAGUUUCUGUACAUCUUGUUCAAUAUUGACAGUGCGAUUAUCUCAACAGCAGACACAGCUUCAGGUUCUUUGAUUUUUGGUGUGAACGUUGUGCAGUGUGGACCUCUUUCUGAUAAGGUUCUCUGUUUUGGUGGAGAAACGCGCGUGCCCUGGUUUUAAGAGGCUCUUUUCAAGCGUAAUUUAUUCUACGAUAUAAUGUGUAUUCCAAAAGCAGGGACUGAAAGCUGUGCCUCUGUAAAAUGUCACCCAGUAUUUUUUUUUCAUUCUUUUAUUAAUAACUGUAGCAGACAAUCAAUUUUUUUAAUUUUCUGUUCAUAACAUGUUCAUGGUUUUUUUUUUUUUUUUUUUUUUUUUUUUUUUUUUUCUCAGUCUCCUCCAGAAUGAUCUGUGACUGAUACCUCAUUGCUUUCUAAGUCAGUUGAAGUUGUAAGUUAAAGACAACUAAACACU